AUGACAGCCUUAUAUAUGCUUGACUAUGGCGCCGGUAAUGUGCGUAGUUUAGUCAAUGCUAUCAAUCAUUUGGGAUUUGAGAUCAAAUAUAUUAAGGAACCAGCUGACCUUGCUCUUGCAGAGAAACUCAUCUUUCCUGGUGUGGGUGAUUUUGGUUUCGCUAUGCGUGCCUUGCGUUCAAAAGGCUAUGCGGAGCCUUUAAAAGCUUAUAUUGCGUCUGGAAAGCCUUUCAUGGGUAUUUGCGUAGGCAUGCAGUGUCUUUUUGAAGGGUCUGCCGAAAGUAACGAAGCUGGCCUUGGCAUUAUACCCGGAAAGCCUGUCAAAUUUGACAGCACGACAAAAGCCGUACCUCACAUGGGUUGGAAUCACUUACAGCUACUUAAAUCUUCCACUUCAACUAGCCAGCAAGAUGUUCAUUACAAUAUCGACGAAGAAAAAGUCUAUUAUUUCGUCCACUCUUAUGCAGCCCGCUAUACAGAGGAGAACAAAGAUUGGGUGCUGGCCACUACACAAUAUGGUGACGAAAUGUUUGUUGCGGCCGUUCAGAAAAACAAUGUAUUCGCGACUCAAUUCCAUCCUGAAAAAAGCGGUUAUGCUGGCUUGGCUUUAUUGAAAGCGUUUAUUACGGGGCAAGGCAUCGUUGACGAGAACACCGUUAUUUAUAAGCAACCUGUUAAACCUGAUCAUGAUACUUUCACGAAGCGUAUCAUUGCUUGUUUGGACGUGCGUUCUAACGAUCAAGGUGAUUUGGUUGUGACCAAAGGCGAUCAAUAUGAUGUGCGUGAAGCAGACGGUAACAAAGAUGUGCGUAACUUGGGUAAGCCCGUCGAGUUGGCCAAGCGAUAUUUUGAAGAAGGUGCGGAUGAAGUAACCUUUUUGAAUAUUACCAGUUUCCGUAAUUGUCCCUUGGGUGAUACACCCAUGUUAGAUGUCCUUAAGUUAACUUCUAAAACAGUAUUCGUGCCUUUGACAAUCGGCGGGGGCAUUCGCGAUGUAACAGAUCCUGAUGGUACUUUCCACCCAGCUUUCGAGGUAGCAGGUGAAUAUUUCCGUUCCGGUGCCGAUAAGGUUUCUAUCGGUAGUGAUGCUGUGUAUUCUGCCGAAGAAUUCAUUGCUAACGGAGGUAAAAAAACUGGCAAGACUGCAAUUGAGACUAUUGCAGAGGCUUAUGGCUGUCAGGCUGUUGUUAUUUCUGUGGAUCCUCGACGAGUGUAUAUCAAGGACCCUAAAGAUACCACCCACCAUACUGUGAAGUGCUCUGUUCCGGGCCCCAAUGGUGAGCAAUAUUGUUGGUAUCAGUGUACAGUGAAGGGUGGCCGUGAAGGUCGUGAUUUGGAUGUUAUUCAGUUAGUAACAGCUUGUGAACAAUUGGGCGCUGGUGAAAUUUUACUGAACUGUAUGGAUCGUGAUGGUACCAAUUCCGGCUUUGAGCUGGAACUGAUCAAUGCGGUACGUGGUGCAGUUACUAUUCCCGUUAUUGCUUCAAGUGGCGCUGGUUGUGUUGAACAUUUCUCUGAGGUCUUUGAAAAGACAGGUGUAGAGGCUGCUUUAGCCGCUGGUAUUUUCCAUCGUCGUGAAGUUCCUAUUCAGUCUGUCAAAGAGCAUGUUCAAAAAGCAAAUGUUGCCAUUCGACCUAUAGACACGACCAUUUUGUAA